GGCGGCAUCCUGAACGACCCGACACAUUUGUACCAAGAGACAAACUAAAACAAACAAACAGAGCAGUGUGUGUCUCACUGAACUGCAGCCAUGAAGUUCAAAGACGUGUCCAAGUGGAACACCAGAAUGUCUGCAGUGUACGCUGCUGGGGUCUGGACCAUGCUAUGUUCUUACGCUUUCUAUAGUUAUACAGGCCGUUAUGAUAAGACAGUGAAAGAAGAAGUGGAACCAGAGCCCGAGAAUCCAAAUCAGUUCGUCUAUGAGUCCACUCACAGCAAAACCAUCAUCGUCUACAAAGAAAACUUUGUCCCAUACACUACGAGGAUCUACAAUUUCGUCAAAUCCUUCAGCAGUGGACCUGAGAGUGGAGGCAGUGAAAAAUAGCUGCGGAAUAAAGAGGAGGAUGGACACUCUGGACUUGUGAAGAGCGAAUGUUUAUAAUGCACUAUGAAUUGAUGCGUUUGUGUGAGGACAUUAUCAUGAGUUGUAGAGGAAAUUCCAGCUGUGUGGUUCAGAGAGGGCUGCCACUUGUGCUCGGAUGCUAGAGGGCUGUCACAGGCCAAUUUUUAUUUUUAUGAAACUGUCAAUAAUAUUCAAAGUAUCCCUGUCAGUGUCAUCCACACUGUUAUCUACUGUAAGACGUUGCCAAAUCCACAACAAAUGCUGAAAUAAACUUAUUUAAACAUGCUGUGUUUAAACAGUAAGA